AUGGCCCCCGGCAACUCUUCCCGCAACUUCUCGGCGCCGGAGGCUCAGAACAGCUCAGUAGCAGAGAAGCCAGCACCACACACCAAUGUGAUCAUGCCCAGUCUCUUCAGCAUCAUCUGCUUCCUGGGCAUCACGGGGAACCUCAUUGUGAUCUACACAAUCGUCAAGAAGAAGAAGCUGAAAUGCAAACAGACCGUGCCCGAUAUUUUCAUCUUCAACCUCUCCAUCGUGGACCUCCUCUUCCUCUUGGGCAUGCCCUUCCUCAUCCACCAGCUCUUGGGCGAUGGCUCGUGGUACUUUGGAGCUCCCCUGUGCACCAUCAUCACCGCCCUGGACACAAACAGCCAGAUCACCAGCACCAACAUCCUCACAGUGAUGACGCUGGACCGUUACCUGGCCACUGUCUACCCCCUCAAAUCCACCUACGUUCGGACGCCGUGUGUUGCGGCUCUGGUCAUCUGCCUGGUGUGGCUCCUGUCCUUCCUGACCAUCAUUCCCGUGUGGAUGUACGCAGGCCUCAUGCCCCUGGAGGAUGGCACCGUGCGCUGCGCUCUCCUGCUCCCCAACCCAGAGACUGACAUCUACUGGUUCACCCUCUACCAGUUCAUGCUGGCCUUUGCUGUGCCCUUGGUCAUCAUCUGCGUGGUCUAUUUUAAGAUCCUGCAGCACAUGGCCACCACCGUGGUCCCGCUGCCCCAGAGGAGUCUCCGGGUGCGUACGAAGAAGGUCACCCGAAUGGCAGUCGCCAUCUGUUCUGCCUUCUUUAUUUGCUGGGCUCCCUUCUACAUCCUCCAGCUGGUUCACCUGGGCAUCGACACCCCAUCCAUGGCCUUCUUUUAUGCCUACAACUUUGCCAUUAGCUUGGGCUAUGCCAACAGCUGCCUCAACCCCUUCCUCUACAUUGCCCUCAGCGAGACCUUCAAGCGCCAGUUCCUGGUGGCCAUUCGCCCCGCCAAAGAGCCCUCUCACAACAGCAGCUCUGCCAACAACAACAGCAUGACAGAGGCCAGUGUGUGCCUGAAGCUGGUGCCAGAAUCCACCCAGCAGACUCAGUUUCUGGAGGACUUUCCCCCACGCUCACUGCCGGUGACUGCGGCUGUUCACUAG